AUGGUUGAACGAGACGGGAUGCGACGGGGUGGCGGUAGCAGUGGCAGCGGCGGUGGGUGCGGUUGGGGUGGCGGUAUGCUAGGCCGCUGGUCUCUACGACGCCUACUAUUAGACAGCCCUUUAGUGGGAAGGAGACUAGCUCAUUCAGUACUGGAUCAAGGCGACGGCAGGCCGGUGAAACUGAAUACAGCUGAUCAAAAUCAGACAAAACAAACGGCCGUGCAAUUCAUUGCCGAGGAUGAAGAGGGUGAAGUGCUGGAGUGUCCGCUAUGCCUGUCCACGUUUGUCGCAGCUGGCAUGGUGCGACUUGCGUGGUGCGCUCAUCGCUGCUGCGAGCCCUGCCUGCGACAAUACCUCGCCAUCGAGAUAUAUGAGGCGAGGGUCCCAGUCAACUGUCCCGUGUGCCAGGAGAACAUGCAUCCCUUAGACGUACGUCGAAUCGUAGACAACUCGGCGCUUUACGACAAAUACGAGGAGUUCUCGGUGAGACGAGCACUGGCCGCGGACCCUGACACACGAUGGUGUCCAGCGCCCGACUGCAGUUUCGCGGUGGUGGCGACUGGAUGCGCUUCGUGCCCGAAGCUGACUUGCCUGGCGCCGGGCUGCGGUGCGUCGUUCUGCUACCACUGCAAGGCGGCCUGGCAUCCCACGCAGACCUGCGAUGCGGCGCGCCGAAGUCGCCAGCCACCGCCGAGGGCGCCACAACCGCAGCACCCCGACAUGGAGCACGGGGAAGUGAAGCCCUGUCCCCGCUGUUCUGUCUUGAUUGUGAAGGUGGAGGACGGCUCGUGCAACCACAUGGUGUGCUGCGUCUGCGGCGCGGAGUUCUGCUGGCUUUGCAUGAAGGAGGUUUCCGAUCUUCACUACCUUAGCCCAAGCGGGUGCACGUUCUGGGGCAAGAAGCCGUGGUCACGCAAGAAGAAACUGCUGUGGCAGCUAGGCACGCUGGCGGGCGCGCCGCUGGGCAUCGCGGUGGUGGCGGGUGUGGCGCUGCCCGCGCUACUGGUUGGGCUGCCGCUGUGGGCCGGCCGCCGCGCGCACCGCCGCCUGCGCCGCGCCACGCCUGCGCGCCGCCGCGCCGCCGUCGCCGCCGCCGUCGCCGCAGCGCUGGUGGUGUCGCCGCUGGUGGCGGGGCUGGCGGUGGGCAUCGGCGUGCCGAUCCUGCUGUUCUACGUGUACGGCGUCGUGCCCGUGUCGCUGUGCCGCGCCGGCGGGUGCGCCGCCGCGCCGCACCGCUACGACGACGAGCGCGACGAGCGGGACGAGCGCGACGCUGCGCCCGACGCGGACGCUGUCUCGCGUCGCCUCGAGCCCAGCAUCGGCGACGCGUCACUGUCCGCGGGCUCUGCGCAAGCGGAGGCGCGGGCGCCUUCCCUGGCCGCGCUGGCGGGCUCGCUGGGCGGGCACGAGGCGCCCUCGCCGGCCGCGCACCGGCUCGAAGUGACCGCCGACGUGGCCGCGUCCGACACCGCGAGCGCCGCCUCGUGGCCCGACGAGCUGCCGUCCACGUCGUCGCGCUCCGCCCGCCUGCGCAGCCUGUUCCUGUACGGCUCGGCCGCGCCGCCGCCGCCCGACCCGGAGGCGGGCACCUGCACCUGCACCUGCCCCCCGCCGCCCGCCGCCCGCUCCGCCACGCCCGACGCCUCGUAA